AUGGAGCUCGGUCAGCCAAAGGAAUUUUCCGCUGAGAAGCAGAAGCAAGUCGACCAGUGGACGGAGAAGUCUGCUGCGAAAGAUGUUGAGAUCCUCACGCACAUUGCCAAGAUCCAGGCUCCCCUGUGGGAGGAGAGGUCCAAGGUGCUCAAGGAUGUCGAGGGCUUUUGGCCCGACGCGCUCUUCAACUGCCUGCCUUUUGUCAUCUACAUGAUCGGUGAGGACCGACCGCUGUUGAAGCACAUCACCGACAUUCGCGUCUUGCGCGACCUCAACGAGAUUCGCAACCUGCGCCUCGAGUUUGACUUCUCCGACAAUGCCUACUUCAGCGACAAGACACUCGUAAAGGAGUUUGUUGCCAAGAAGGAUGCGCCCCAGAUUGGCGAGGAGUUCGACUGGGUCGAGCACCUCAUCGCCAAGAAGACGACCAUCAACUGGAAGAGCGAGGACAUGAACCUGGCCAAGAAGCACCCUUCGCAGACGGCUGACGAGGAUGGUGAAUUCGGUAGCCUCUUUGCGAGCUUCUUUGAAAAUGACAAGGGUGACCCGGCGCCCGCCAUUGGCGAGAUCAUCGCUUUCACAUUCUUCCCUAAUGCCAUCGACUACUACACUGGCAAGACGUCCGACAUCGACGACGAGGACUUCGAGGAGUACUCUGAGGAUGAGGAGGAUGAGGAUGACGACCGAGAGAUCGACCUCGAAGAGGAAGAAGCGCGACCUAAGAAGAAGACCAAGAACUAA